AUGGUCCAUGAUGCUAUGUUGAGCCAUCAGUGGCGCGACCGAUGGCAAGCUCACAGCUACAUCAGCAGAACAUUUCCUGAAUUGUCAGCCAGCCCGGAGGAUUUGGUGCGAGCGGUCAGUGAAGCUACUUGCAUGGCCUCCCGGGAUAAGAUGCCGAAGGUCUUCCUAGCAUCUCUUUCAGUGCUGGAUGAGCUACUAUCAGAUGCGCGUGUGGAUGAGAUCAGCGCCGACGACUUCCGCUCGCUGCUGCAAUCCGAUCACGGGGAUAUGAUCCAAUUGUUGCUUGAUCAAACGGACGUGGGUGGUGGCUCUAGCAACGCAACAUCUCCUCAGCAGGCUGCAGCAGCCUCUCUUUGCUCUUGUGUUUUGCAUGGCCGGAUCUCUUUGGACGAAGCUGCAUUGCCUUUGCUGCUGCGGAUUGAAGAAAGGCUUCAAACUCUAGCAGCCAAAAGCGAUGCAAAGGAGGCAAAGACGCCGAAAUGUUUGGCUGCAAAUUUGAAAUUGUUGGGCCGAAUCAUCACCAGCUUCGGACUUCAGCAAUCUGGCCUUUGUCGUCGAGCUUUGGUGCUGCCUUUGCUACUUCGAGCCGCUGCUUCUGAGCAUUCAAAAGUCAGAGCUGCUGCGGGCGAUGCCUUUCUUCAACUCUUAGCCUUGAGUGGAGGUAUCGAGGAUCGUUUGUGGAGCUUGCUUCCAGCCAAGGCACAGAAGCGGGUGCAAAGCUUGGCCAGUGGACACGAAGGGAUCCCUUUGCUGAGUGCCGUGGCUUGUGACGAGGAUGCCAUGAGCAAAGACGACAUCUUGGCUGAGGAUCCUCGUUCGAGCGAGCUGGUUUGCGUGUCUGAGUUGAGUCCACAGGUAUGGGCAGCACUUCAAGCGGGCAUGAAUAUCACCAAGGGGGCAACUCCAAAGUCUCCGAAGGCCCCCAACACAGAUGAAGUCUUUGCGGAUGAUAUGGCAGCUGAUGCUUUGAGCACAGCCAUUGCCAGCAAAAACUGGAAGCAGCGUGCUGAGAGCAUCAACAAACUCUUUAAUGACUUGGCCACAGCAAGUGAAGGAGUGAAAUUGCUGAAGGAUUCAGAUGAAGGAACAUCUGGUGGGCCUUUGCUAUCUCAAUAUGUGCUUGGAGGAUUGCGAAUCUCGCUGUUGCAAGCACAUCUCUCUAGCCUCCUUUGUGAUACGGUCACAGCCGUCUUUGUAAAUGCAGCUGAUUUGCUGUGCUUGGUUUGCAGCCAGGUUCCCUUGUACAUUGCACCACUUUUUCUUGAGCCACUCCUACCAGCGCUCUUCGGGCGCUUGCUGGACACAAGUCAGAAGGUUCGACAAAAGUCGGCUGAGACCACCUUAGAGGUUUGCAGCCUACACAGCUCUGCCUUGAGUGAAAUGGUGGCCCAAUGCGUGUCCAGCGGUAGCGCAUGGACUUCCACAGACCGGAGUGGUACAGACCGCAGCACCGGGCCUCGCUUGCAGCUGUUGGGGCAGAUGGUGAGGCGGAUGCAUGACAGAGACUCCACACGAGUUUGGGCGGACGAGACCUGGAGCACCUUAGCUGACUAUGCUAUGAAGGCAUCUGAGAACAAGAGUGCAGAUGUACGAAAAGAGGCCUCAAACUUAUUGGAGGGUAUGGCCAAUGUGAGAGGCCGUGCCAGUGAAAUUGCGGAACAGGCUGCCACUCAGUUGAAGGCUAUGGCAGAGGAAAGAGCCAAACAGAAAAUGAGGCCAGGCACCGGCGUGAGGCCCCUCACUGGACGCGUUGGCACAGGAGGUUCUCGCCCGGGCACUGGAGCUUUGGGUGGUUCAGGCCGCCUUUCCUUCAACUCCAGUGGCAGGCUGAGCACUGCAAACCGUUCUGGAAGCUUGAGACCCGGCACAGGUCGACCUGGCACUGGCCUGAGCAGGAGCGGGACAAUGACGUUGGAGGAGGAAAGUGAUAAUUCUCUCCACAGUGAUGCCGAGAUUCAAGCUGGUGAUGAAGGGGUAAAAUUCUUUGACAUGAAGAAUGCUUGCGGUGGGGCUGAUGAGGUCCCAGAGCUGGCAGAAGGAGAGGCUGCUCUGAAGGAAGCCUUACCUUUGGCUGAGGCCUUGGAUGAAGACUUUGUCGCGCCUCUCAUUGCACUCUUCGGCGAGGGCUGGACCAGGUGCUUCUACAGCCGCAACUGGCAGUGCCGAGUGGCAGCGUUGACUCACUUGUCCGCCAUCAUGGCCCAGCGCUUGGAGGAUGUGAGUGAUGUUCCCCUGGCUGAACUCUUGGACGGCUGUAUGCGUGCAGUCCAUGAGGGGCUGGGCGAUCAGAACGUCCGCGUUUACGCCGAAGCCUGCAUGGCGGUGACAGCCAUUGUUCCCUCCUUUUGCGGAACUGUGGAUGGGCGGUUGCUUGUGGCGCACUUGGCCCCAUUGCUCCGCCAACUUUGUGCACGCAUGGGGGAUUCGAAGGAGGUGGUCCGGACACAAACGACGCAAGCGAUGUUCCGGUUGCUCAGUCCGCCAACCGGAAACAUCGUCAGCCCUGUGGCCAUCGCGAUGCUCAUUUUGCGCCAUUUGAUGCCAAGCAAGGAAGAAGGUGACUCUCCGCUUGCAUCAGUGAGCAAAGGCGCAACAGGAAAAGGAGCAGUGACGGGAUGGCUUUGUCGCUUGAGUGCAUUGCGGGAGCUGUGCAAGGAGUAUUCCAAGAUGAUCGUGCAACAGCCGGGUAGCACAAAUCCAGGUGAGUGGCUCAGGCUGGCAGAUGGGCUGAAACAUGCCGACCCAUCAGUAAGGCAUCAAUCUGUGCGCCUGUACACACUUGUUUGCAAGAUGCACCUGAAGUCGUUGGGUGAUGAGGAGGCUCAGAGAUCAGCUCGGGAGGUUUGGGUUGCAGCUUUGCCGAAGGAUCUGCCAGCCAAGUCCAUUGCACAAGUUCGGCGAUACCUUAAGCUUCCUGAAGCCUCGCCAAAGAGUUCGGAAAGCUCUCAGCCCAAGAAGUCUCACCUUGGAAUGACCAUUGCGUGUCUCCAUUGGGAGGUUCCAUACAGCUUGGCUCGAACAGCAGGCUGCAGCCUUGAGGUCUUGGGCGCGCUGUCAAUGCCACAGAGGGGAGACGAGAAGGCAGUAAUUACCGCACUGAAGGCUUUAGGCAAAGUUAAGCAAGAAAAAGAAGGAUCAGAUGACAUGUUUGCGCACAUUUGCAGGGCAAUCCAGCAAGCAUUGGCUGCCCCAACAGGUGCAGACCGCUACGUGUUCCUUUCCGCAGUGGAGCUGUGCCAAAGUGCUGUUCAGCAGCUGGGUCCGGCUUUGUCUGGCUUGGAUCUCAACAUGGCAUUGGGCAAAGUCUUCCCAACUUUGCUAGAGAGGACAGCUCUUUCAAGCUUGGCUGGUGACGUAAAGGUGGGGGUUGCUUCAGACAAGCUGGUUCAGCAGCUCGCCAAGCAUCCGAAGGUUGGUUGUGAGGCUGUCACCAAGAUGGUUAUUGCCUCCAUCUCUCGAUCAGAGCAUCCAGUUCGGCAGUUAGUGCUACUUCGCACCUUGCUGAGUGACUUUGGCUUGAGACUUUGUGCUCAAAAGGAUGUGGUUGCUUUGCUGCUGACUGCAUUGGGAACCCAGCUUGAGCGAAUCAAUGGUGCCAGAGAGGUUGGAGAAGCCAUCCGACCACAGUUGGUCGGAGUUUUGGCAACCUGCAAGCAGUUCUCAAAUGACACGAUACGCUUUUGCUUGAGCGAAGUGGAGGCCUCUCAGCGGAAGUUGCUUUGCACAGCUUUGGCCGAAAGUCCAGAUCCGCAGCUGAUGGCUUUGGGGGCCACAGCUGCGGAGCAGGAGAGCUUUGAGAGCGCUACAUCCCAAUUCGCCGUGGGCAGCGCAGUCAGAGCUGCAUCCCGAAGCCGUGGCAUGUCCCCCCUCUCAGAGCCCUCGUCCAGCAGCGCCCCACGCCCUGCAGUGCUCUCAAGACAUACAAGCCGUUCCAAUCUAGGCAAUUCUUCCGGGAAGCCACCAGAAGUGCCCAUCCGAAGGUUGGACUCGCAAAAGAUUGAGAAGGAGAGGGACAAGGAAUCCUUUGCCCGAGAGGCCUCACCACGCUCUAGCAGCACCAGGCGAAGAAGGCGGAUCGAUUGUUCUCCUCAGCAACCGCCCAGAGGGCCAAGGAUUCCAUUGAAUCAAGGAGGCCUCUCUGAGGCCUCCACGGCCUCCACUGAUUUCCCGUCGGACUCCCCCCGGAAGUUUGGCGGCCGGACGACGGCCAGCACGCCCAACCUGAACAAAAGUUUGGAAGGCUCGCCUCGACCGUGGCCCGCAAAGCCACCAGCCCCAAUGAGCCUCUCGACCGCCCUGAAGGGGGACUCAGCCUCUUGGAAGUUCAGGGAUGCGGAGAAUUGA